CUUUUGGAACAGAGCCGCUGCGUGUUGCUUUUCCCCCUCAACAUGGCUCCGAAAGGCGAAGCUGCGGGACUCGAGCAGAACCCGGCCGGACACGAGCAGGAGGAGUCCGGGAGUGAGGAAGAGGAGUUUACCCUGGAGGAUGUGCUGCGUUUGGGAGGAACGAAGGCAGACUACGUCAUGCUUGCUGCAGUUGAUGACAGCACUGAGCUGAUAGAUGGUGGAAAGAAAGGUGCAAUCGAUGAUUUGGAGGAAGGUGAGCUAGAAGAGUUCAUCACCAAACUGGGAAUCCGGUCCUACUCUGACCCGCAGGUUGCUGAGGAUGAUGAAGAGAAUGAGCCUGAAGAAGAGAAACCCUCUAAACCCGGUGUGGAAAAGAAGAGCAAGAAAAAAGAAGUGGAAUCCAGCAGGACACCUGAAGCCAAGCAGGAAGCCGAGAUGAAGAAGAAGAAGAACGAGACCAAAAAGACAAGUAAAAAGGCCAAGCAAAAAGAAGCCGACCUGUUUGAGUUUUACCCCCGGCAGGUGCUGUUGGUCAAACCUGGAGGAAAAUGGUACAGUGUGGACUGCACUUCUGAGAUGAGCACGUCUCCUCAGGACGAAUCGCUGGUUUCUCAGUACAAGGCUUUGGCUCAGAAGCUGCUCGAGGCUGAAACAAAUCUUUACAAAAACAAGAAAACCCUACAGAAAGGAGCGAACACGGUCUGGAUGAAGAGCGUCGUCUCGACUGGGACUCUGGCAGACCGGAUGGCAGCCAUGACCGUGCUCAUCCAGGAUGCUCCUGUACACUGUCUGGAGCACAUCGAGAGCCUGAUCAUCAUGAUGAGGAAGAAAGGCGGUCGUAGGCAAAGCCUCAUGGCUUUGGACACGCUGAAGGAGCUGCUGCUGUCUGAUCUGCUCCCAGAGAACCGUAAGCUCCAGGCUUUCUCUCAGCGCCCGUUCGACAAGCUGGAGGAGCGUGCAAGUGGAAACCGAGAUGUUCGAGACCGGCGCCUUGUCCUCUGGUACUUUGAGCAUCUUCUCAAGCUCCAGCUGGUUGAGUUUGUCACAACUCUUGACGCACUGGCUCACGAUUCUGUUCUGGCGACCAAAACGAAAGCUCUGACUACAGCUCACGAGCUGCUCUGCAACCGACCCGAGCAGGAAAAAGCUCUGCUGAUGCACGUCGUCAACAAACUGGGAGAUCCUGAUUACAAAAUGGCCUCGAAGGCCUCGUAUCUGCUGGAGAUGCUCCUCCAUAAACACCCUCUGAUGAAAUCGGUGGUGUGUGUCGAAGUAGAGCGUCUGAUGCUCAGACCAAACAUAAGCCCCAAGGCUCAGUAUUACGCCGCCUGCUUCCUCAACCAGGUGAUGCUGAGCCACGACGAGGCCGCGCUCGCUACCAAACUCCUCACCAUCUACUUCAGCUUCUUCCGACUCUGCAUUAAGAAGAAGGACGUGGAGUCGAAGAUGCUGGGCGCGCUGCUGAGCGGCGUGAACAGGGCCUACCCGUACACCAAGGCCGGAGACGAGACGGUCCGGGAGCAGCUGGACACGCUGUUUAAAGUGGUGCACCUUGUAAAGUUCAGCACAGCUGUGCAAGCGCUCAUGCUGCUCUUCCAGGUUAUGGAUUCUCAGCAGAGCGUGUCGGAUCGCUACUACGUCGCUCUUUACAAGAAGCUGUUAGAUCCUGGCCUGUCAGUCAGCCCGAGGCAGAGCAUGUUCCUCAACCUGCUGUACAAAUCUCUGAAAGCCGACAUCGUCCUGCGCCGUGUUAAGGCCUUCGUCAAGAGGCUGCUGCAGGUGAGCUGCGAACAGAGCCCCACGUUCGCCUGCGGAGCACUCUUCCUCGUGUCUGAGGUCAUGAAGGCCAAACCUGGCCUUAAGCUCCUCCUACAAGAAGGGGAUGAGGAAGACGAGAAGUUUCAGGACCUUAAAGGAGAUGAUGAUGAUGAUGAUGAAGAAAGGUUUGUGGAUGCUGAUAAAAUUGAAGAGGGACAGAGCGAAAAGCCUCAGCAGAAUAAACCAGCUGCAUCAUGGGUACAUCACCAAAACUUGGAGGGUGGUAAGGAUAUGGAGAUGUACGACCCCACUCACAGAAACCCUUUGUACUGUGGAGCGAAUCGCAGCAGCCUCUGGGAGCUGCAGAAGCUCGCUGAUCAUUUCCACCCCUCUGUGGCUCUCUUCGCAAAAACCAUCUUGCAGGGAGGGCAGAUCCAGUACACAGGAGAUCCUCUGCAGGAUUUCACACUCAUCAGGUUCUUGGAUCGGUUUGUGUUCAGGAACCCCAAACAAACGAAAGGCAAACAAAACACAGACGCAACCAUAAUGCAGCCGAAGCACAAACCGAGCAUGAAUAACAUCCGCUCAUUACCUGUAAACUGUGAGGAGUAUCUGGCCAAAGAGGAAACUCAGAUCCCUGUGGAUGAGGUGUUCUUCUACAGGUUCUUUAAAAAGAGGGAAGGAGAGAAGCGACUGAAGAAGCCUUUUGGAGAUGAUGCUGAGAGUGUGGAGGACGUGGACGAUGAUGAGUUUGAACAACUGCUCAACACUUUUGAGAGUGAUGAUUACUUCACGGACUUUAAAGAUGAUGACUUGGACUUUGCUGGAAAUGUAAAGAGCAACAGCAAAAAAGGUAAGAAAUCGGAGGAGGUUUCAGAUUCAGACCUGGAUUCGGACGAUGGCCUGGAUGAUGAGGAGCUCUCUCUGGGAAGCAUGGCUGAGGAAGACUUUGGAGACGAGCUGGAGGAAGAUGGUGGUGCUUUUAUGGACCCAGAUGGAGAUGAUAAUGAAGUUCCAGAGCUUGAGGGUGAUGAUGAUGAUGCCGCCUUCGAUGACUUUGAUGAGGAUGAGGGCCUGGGUGAGCCACCAGAAGUCAGUAAAGGACGCAAAAAAGGCAAGAGGAAGUUAUCAGAGCAUCUCGAGUUUGCCGGAUCUUUUGAAUCCAAACCAAGCAAGAAGAAAAAGAAAGGAAAGAUGGACAACACGGCGAUGUUUGCAGCAGCGGAGGAGUUUGGAGAUUUGCUGGAUGAAAACGCAGAUAUCAAGUUUGACAACGUCGGCAUGAACGCAAUGGCUAAUAAAGACAAAGCCAGUGUCAAACAGCUGAAAUGGGAGGCGCAGCGUGACGACUGGAUCCGGGGACGUGACGUUAAGACGCUCAGGAGGAAGAAGGCUGCGUUCAAGAAAAGGAAACCGUUUGGGAAAGACAGACAGGGCAAAAAGACCGUCAGAAGGAAGAAGUGAAGUGAUGACCCUUGUCCUGUUGAGUGUCUGUGUGGUUAUUCCUGCCGCGUAGACCACACGUCCUGAUCCGCUUCCCGGACGCCGUAGUUCCCGGCCCAUUCGUUGGACUUGUAAUAAACUGAGAGAGAGAGAGAGAGAGAAUGUUGAAUGAUGUUUCAGGUUGUAGUCAGGAUCUGCCACAUUGUCGGCAAAUAUUUCUGAAGACAAAGUUGUUUGUGUUGGGGGGGAAAAAAAAAAGCAUUUUGUAAUAAAUGUAAUUUUACCA